AUCUUGUCCAGUAUACAAGGCAAUAGGAAGGAUAUAUCCACAAUCUUGUCCAGUAUACGAUAAAGGGAGAGACUUGGCCGUGACCCAUAUCGGUAUAAAUAUUACUAGUCGUGUGAAGUUUCACUGGCCAAUUUCUACCGUCUGUAUUAUAAUGCGAGCAUAGGUUCCUUAUCAGUGGCGCCCUGCGUUUUAAAAAUACAAUGCGUUUCCUGGAUGGGUAUGUUCCUCUUGUCUUUAUUUUACAUCUAGGUUGUGUACUGUCCCAGAAUGGUGUAGCAGUACCACUAUGUGAGGACCUGGCCGACAUUUCCUGUGUGAUCCUCCUCAAGAUUGUGCCAGACAUGUGCAGUAGAGAAUGUUACGUCAGUAUAUGUCGCCGCACGUGUGGACGCUGUCCGUUGCGGUGCUUCCAUUGUAAUAAUGUAUCAUCACUGGCAAUGUGUAGGACGACACAAGAAUGUGCUGCUGAUGAGUUAUGUCUGGAAACCCAGAGACUCGACGACAGCCUUCAGAUAUACUACACAGCAACAUGUGCUGAAAGGAAGCUAUGUGAGACAUUAUACGGAUACCCUGCGCCACAAGGGCCAGUGAUAGGGAGGAAACGGGCUUACGGUCUACAUGGAAAAUGUUGUGACAGUGACUACUGCAAUAGUGAUGACACAGAAUCUUCUACAGUAGUUCCUCAUUUGACACAUCCUCCUGGACAGAUAUCCACUGUGACGUCGGUGAUUGAUAACACAUUGAAUGGCCUUAACGGAACCUGCUCACCGCUAAACGUGGAUAACGGCGCCUGUGUGUUGCUAGAGCUAAGUGAUCCUUUGCUGUGCCAGCGGAGAUGUGUGGCUGAUACGAUCUGCCCCGAGACAUGUGGAACAUGCUUAACGUGUUAUGAUUGUAACGCAGUAUCAAGUCCAGAUGCCUGUCCUACAAUAAAAACAUGUAAAGCCCACGAGAAAUGUAUCACCGUUGAAUCGCUGGAUAAUAAUUUCAACAUCAUUUAUAAGUUGGGAUGUGUCACAGAACAGGGUUUGUCGCGAGAACACUAUCCUCAUCUCGCGCACGUAGGAUGGCCUCUCGAUUUUUAUCCUCGUGCUCGCGAUGAGAUUGUCUGUGAUACAUUUUUUGGCUGGGCUAGUAACACAUAUGUUGAUACCAGACAGGUCGGUACGAAUCGGAAAGGCCAAUGUUGUAGAACUAAGCUAUGUAACAAGCACGGCAUUCAAGGAAGUACUGCUACCCAGCCCUCGCCAAUAGGAAAAUAGAGACAUUUCAUAUCAAUUGAUUCGUCAAUGCAAAGUUAAUAUAUUCGGUUGAUGAUACUUUUGUAGCGGCAAAAUAUGAUAUCAAUGGUUGAUAGUGUAACCAUGAAUUAUGCAACUCUGUGAAUAUAUUAUUGC